UCAGCUUGGUCGUCGUCUUUUCCUUUGCUCAAGCUCCAUUCUCAAAGUUCUUCCCGAGUCAAGCACAAACUCUCAUCAUGACGAUUGACCAGGUUGGUCCCAAUGGCUCUCGUGCUCCGUGGGGUCAUUCUAACCGCAUCUACUCGAUCCUCCAAUACAAUUAUAUCGUGUUCCCCUGUACCCUGUUGCUGACCUUUUACGGACUCAGAAGGCUGGUUGACUACACCGGGUACUAUGCUCAAGUAUCGGACGAGGGCUGGACGCGAUCGGCGACCAUUCAUGCUGUCUUGACUGCGUUCUUCUUUUUUAUCCAGAUCCCUCCGUAUGCCAAUACUCUGGGCCUGUGUCUGCCUAUGCAGCCGUAUAAAUAUUCUACAGGUCCCAAAACGAGACGCCUCGGUACUUUGAGGGUCUGCCUUGUCACGAAGGGGACCAAUGUGCAAGCCGCAAUCAAAUCCGCCCACUGCUGGGACGUCCUCACACAGCGCAACCAUCCCUCGGUCCACUUCCAUGUCCUCGUGGACAACGAUAACAGCGAUGAGUUUCGCCAGCAGCUGCCUUCAUAUAUUACGGUGGACCAGGUUCCCAAGCAUGUCCCUUCCAAACGGGCCAUGUAUAAAGCGCGGGCGUUGGAGCAUUUCCGUCAGAAAUACAAGCUAUCCAAGGAGGAUUGGGUGCUGCAUCUUGAUGAGGAAUCCGAGAUCGAUGAGCACGUCAUGGUCACUUCGCUGGACUUUAUUAAGCGCGGAACGGCGCUGUUUGGCAAUGGAACCAUCUACUACACGUCGACCAACCACUGGACGAACACAUUCCUAUCGGCAGCCGAGGUCGUCCGCCUGGCGGAGGACUAUGGACGCUUUCAACUUCCAUUCAAGGCGUUCCGACGACCCUUACUGGGCUGGAUCCAUGGCUCAUGGAUGCUCAUUAAUGGCGAGGUGGAAAAUACCAUCAAAUGGGACACUGACAACGUGUGCGAGGAUUACUGGUUUGGUUAUCACGCCGCCAAACAUGGCUUCAAGUUCGAAUGGGUACACGCCCUCUUCCGUGAGCAACCCCCCGUCAGUGUUCUGGACUUUUGGAGGCAGCGUCGCCGUUGGUAUACCGGAAUCUGGGGGGUGAAUACUAUCACUGUGCGACUGGCACUGAUUGCAGCCGGAUUGGGUGGACUUGGGAUCUUCAUCUUCCCCAUUAUCGCGCUUUUUGGCGUCCGCGUUGUGGUUCCUCCCUGGUACUGGCCUUGGAUGUUAUUUAACGACGCGACGAAUCUCCACGUCCUGGUUGUGGCGGGGGUUCUGCAAGAUCUCAGCGUUGCCGACAUUUCCAUCGUAAGCAUCGUGUAUCAUGUCAUCAUGUCGGUGCUUCUAUCGCCCUUUGCACACAUUCUUCAAACGGUAGCGCUGGCUUCGGCACUGGUAGUUCCAUCGAAGGGGUACUGUGUCAUCGACAAAACUUAA